AUGCCAGAGGGCACGGCGACUGUCUUGACUGACAUGGCAGAACUGGUCGAUGAGAAAGAGAAGGUUCGUGCUUUCGGCCAACUUCAGCUCCAGCAUCUGGAGACUGUUUUCAAGAGCAAAGCCGUGCGACAAUUCAUCGAAGGCAUUGAGGAUUGGGAAGACAACUUGAAGACCCUCAAAACCUUCCAGAACGAGCGCCAGAUCCUCAUCGGUAUCUGGGGUGAGACUGGGCUUGGUAAGAGUUCUCUGAUCAAUGCGUUACUCGGCUACAGAAUUGUGCCCACGAGCCAAAGUUCGGCAUGUACGGCUGCCGUUUGUAUCUUUGGCUACAACAACGACACUGCAGGCGGAAACAAGUUUCGCGCCAUCAUCACUUUCAAGAGUUGGGACACAGUCAAGACAGAGCUCGAUGCCUUGAAAAAGGAGCAAGCAGAUCUUGAAGACAUGAGAAGCCUGUUUGAGAAUGAUCCAACCUCGGACUUCUCGGGACAGUACGCCGAGGUUGAACGCAGCAUCCAAAGCAUCAUGAGCUGGUCCGGCCUUUCGGAUGCCUUCAUUCGAAAAUCCUCUCCGGAGCAGAUCUUGCAGAACGCAAAAUCACUCGCCACCGACAUUUUCCCCAACGGAAAGGCCGACAAUACGGGAAACCAUCAGGAACACAUUGUGGCCGCCAGCGAGAGGGCCUUUAUCAGGCUCUUGAGGCAGUAUGUGGAUAGUGCAAACAAGUCUUCCGCCCCAAAGUACUGGCCGUUGGUUGAGAAAGUCAAGGCUUUUGUCGAUUCUCCUAUUCUCCGCAACGGCAUUAAGCUUGUUGACCUUCCAGGAACCAGCGACGCCUUUGGGUUCCGAGGAGAAAUCGCCCACAGUUAUCAAGAUCGGUUGGACAAGGUGAUUGUCGUGACGCCUGCAACACGAGCUGCCGACAACAAAGCCGCUGCCGAUUUCAUCUUGUCCGAGAACCAAACCACACAGUUGGACAUGGACGGCAUGUUGAAGGACGAAUCCAUAUGUGUUGUUGUCACCAAGAUCGACAGCAUGAACUGCGACACCGCCGAAACUGAGUUUCCUACCCAUGACAUCGUUGAGAAAGUCGAUGUAUUGGCCGAGAUAGAAGAUGCUCUGGCAGAGAUGGAACAGCACGGCAACAUGGUCCAGGAUGAUGGGGAGGACUCGAAAAAUGUUCCACUCGCCGGCCGUAAACGGGCUAACGCUGACCAGGCCACAUGUCGGGCUGCCAAAAAGCAGCGACUCGGCUCUGGCAAUACUGAUACAAAUGGCAAACAGGAGCGAAUGGAUGAGCUCCAAUACCAGAGGGAUUUCAUCAGGUCCGAGCUGAAAUAUCUUUGCAUUCAAGAGCGAAACAAGGAGCUGAAGCGCAAGAUUAAGGAAACCCUCCUCGACCCGAGCAAGAGGAUCAACGUUGCUGAGGAAUCGGUUGUCGCCGUGUCUUCGGUGUAUCCUGUCAGCAGCGAAGCGUUCAUGGAGCUCCAAAAGACACCAUCUAUCGACGGCUUCCCGGACGUCAACUCUACCGGCAUUCCAGACCUGAAGGCCUGGCUGUACAGAAUCUCCCUUCCUUACAGGCAGGAGUGGGCAGACGCCGACAUUCACCAUAUCCAGGUCCUGAUCGACGCCGCCGAUGGCUGGACGCAAGCCAAUGUCACCGACCUUCCCAGGCUCAGUAAGAGCGAAGUUGUCAGUUUGCAAGUCCGCCUGGAUGGGUUGAUGAAAGAACUGGGGACGGCCAUCACUUCCUCAGUGCGCCGUAAACUCCAACAAAAGCUGUCUCACUUGGAGCCGCUGCGAAAGAGCAGCUUGACCAAGGUGUCUCUCAAACGCAAUCUCGGAAAGAAUGGAAAGGAAACGCAAAUGGCUAUGAAAAACCUCAGGCGGUUCCUAGAAGCGUGGAAGGUGAAGAACCAUUGGGCAGGCACCCGCCCUUCGAGCAAGGAGGAUGAAACCCAUUGGUCUACCUACCAGGCCUGUGUGAAGAGGCACGGUGGUGUAUUCAAACGUCGAGCUCGGAGAACUCAGCCCAAGGCCGAGAUCCACUGGCUGGGCGACGUAGAUCUUUCUUUCUGGAGAGGCCAUAAGGAUAAGUGGCGAACCGGCUUCACUCAGAAAUUCUCGACGAUCAAGAAGACCAUCCAUAGCAGUGGUCUUGUUGCCUUCAAGAAGUGGGUCGAGAGUUUGCAUGACGACGAGGGCAUGCCAGAAUCCUUCCGGGAGUUGAUGAAGGCGAACACCUACAAACUCGACCAUCUCUUUGACAAGUACAUGACCGACGUAGGAGAACAGAUCAAUCUAUUCGAGAAGGACGCGCGAAAGGAGAGGGGGAUCGUUCAGAGAUAUUUCUCAAGCGGCAUGCGGCCGGGUUUCGAAGCUGCUGCCCGGAUCCGUGGAAAACAAAUCAAAGAAAGGCAGAGCCAAGUCGUCCAGAAACACGUCGAAGCCGAUGGCGUUCAGAUGUUUAGAAACGCCCGCAACGCGCUGGAGACACAGCUCGCAAAGUUACAUCGCGGCACUUCGAAGGAGGUAGGGCAACUCUGGAUGGCUCCAAAGAAGGGUUGUGGUGGCCGCAUACGCGCCGAGAUGCUCCGCGUCCUCAAGCGGUCCUCUAUCUCGUUCCUGAUGCCAAGCGCAGGGACUAUGAUGACCGACGAUGCCAAGGCGCAAAUUCGGACUAUCGUUAUCCGGUGGAGGACGACGUGGCACGCUGUCCAUGUCCGACUCCCCCGGUUUGUGCCGGUCGAGGAGGACAUCGAUUCAAACGCGGAAGAGGUCGAUUCAGAGAAUGAGGAGGGUGACAUGUCGACGGAGGUCCAGGUCAAGAGAGAACCCGAUGAAGUCGGCAGUUAUUGA